UAACCCUUGAUAGAAAAUAUACUGCAGAAAGUUUUAUAGCAUAAAUUUUCAGUUCAUAAAUGAUACUUACAAUAUUUCAGUUCUUCUGAAUGAAUAAUUUUAAAUGAAUAGAAGUGCUUGCUCUUGGUUAUUUUAGGUUCAUAUCAGUAGAUGAACAUGUUAAAACAACCUUCCAUUAGGAGUCAGAAAGACACCUCCCUGGCUUUCCUUUAAUAUCUCUGGAAUGAUUAACUUAUUUUCUUUUCCCACUGUCCAUCCAGACAAAACUGGCAAAGUGACUGCUAGAAAGUAUGGUUUUCAUUUACAGGAAAAAUCUUAUUGUUCUACUUGUUACUGAGCCCUGAGUUAUCUGAGUGAAGGAAUCAAGAACAACUUUGAUGGCAUUAAGUCCAGUUGUCAUUGUAAAUCAAAUUUAUGUUAUUGGGACAUCUAUAAAAGAAAAAAAUCACACAUCAACAAAACAUGUUUUCUAGAGCAAUAAUAAAUAUUUUUUUUUUUGUACAAAGGGUUACUCAGAAAUUCAAACCAAGCUCCUAAGAAUCUUUCAAUUAGCAUAAAGAAAAGCAGGUUAAUACUACACAUGAACCCUAGUCUCUGCACCUAGGUGUUGUAAUGCCAGGCUGAAAAAUAUGAUGCUUUCACACAUCAUACUGUGAAAGAAACUGGCCAGCAAUGCAGACAGUACCAUCUUCAAAAGUUUUAUCUCAAGAAUCUGUCUUAGCAAGGACCACAGCAAUACCAUGUGAAAUAUUAACUGUUACUAUCAUUCCUAGGAAUGAAUAGCAAAUGUUCUUCACUUGCAAAAAGACCCACAAACCUAGCAGACCUUGCAGCACUAUGUCCAUCUUUUGGGCACCUCUCUGAUCGCAAUGUGUUCUUUUAAGUGGAGCAGACAAAGCUUAAGGCAGUCAAAACCCUCCUGCACCCCCUCAAAAUCUAACCAAUUUAAAUCUCAGAUAAAGACUGGAGACCCUCUUUUUACCAUUUGGAGAACAUCAACUAGAAGUUCAAUAAUCAUAAAAAUUUAAUCUCUAAUUAAAGGUUAAUGUGUUAUGGCAGAUUCUUAUAUGAGGCAAAGUAUAAUAGGGUUUGGAGGGCACACUGAUUCAGUUUGUCAGCAACUUGCACUUGGCUUCUGAGGCAAUGGGAUAAUUAUCUAUAGAGUGUCAAGUGGGCAGCUGAUAGUGACAGAAGAGCCUCUAAAUGGUGUGAAGACCUGUGUGACCUGCUGAUCCAGGAAUGAUGAAAUAAUCAGAUUCCAUCACUCGCUGUAACAAGCUAUUACCAGAGCAUUUAUUUUAACACUGCUCAAGGCCUAUGGAAUUAGGACACAGAUAGGGCAUGUUCCAGUGCAUCCGUGACAUGCAUAUUUACUUGCAAGAUGAAGCCUUAAAUAAUACUAUUAUUUUGGAGUCUCAGAGUGAGACAAAACUUUAUUAAGAUUACCCAUAUUCCCAUUUAGACCAUAUUAAUUGCCAAACACAACACGUUAAGCAAAAGGUGUUAGUAGAACUGUUCUACCCACAUCAAUGCAACAAUUCCUGCUGUAUCACGCUGUGCUACAUCUACAGCAUGACCAGUCCACAUCAAGAGAAAUACUGGAAAAAUGCUGUUUGCCUCAGAGAAAAGUAUCUGGUUGUUUUCCUGAUAGUGCAGCUCUUGCUGACCUUGCUGUGAAGAGGGCCAGUGUUCCAACCCCUCAAGGUACUCCAUCACACAGGAGGUUAUAUUACAUGGUCAUGCUUAUCACUCCAGUUGGACUGUACUGUUCUUUAAGCAACUGGACUUUUCAAUGGAAAAAGAAUGUACCUCAAAAAGAUUUUUCUUUUUGUUAAACAGUUUUUCCAUUCCAGCCAGACUUUGCACCAAGUUUGGCAAAAUUAUUUGUUAUUACAGAUCUUUUAAAAAAAAUUGAUUCAUAAAUAUUGUGACAAAUCUAAAAUAUUCAAUUUCGGAAGAUUCCCAGAACUUAGCUUAAAACUUUCUUUUAAGGUGCCAGGAGUUUCAAAUACUCUAUUUGAUAGUAACCUUUCAGAAAUCUGCAGUAAUUGUAUUACAUCUGACUGUCCUUUACGUUUACUCUGAUCUUCCACUUUACAGAACUGUACAGAGCAAAAGUUUCUAUGCUACAUUAGCAUAGCCUUUGUUGUAUUUAUCAAGAAUAGCUGCUAAACUAUGAAAUCAUCAAGGAAGAAGAUUCACAAGUCCCUAUCAGGGUCUAUGAGGCAUUAAUUCGUCACCAUUACAGAGUGGAGUGUUGGCAAAAGUAUCUAAUGAUAGCAGAAUACAGUUAAAUACAAGGAAGCAAAAGGAUUUGUUUUAUAGCAACCCUCAAAUUAAGUGCUGGUCUAGUAAUGGAAAACCCUGUAGUUUAGGUUUUUGGGGCUUUUCUUUCUUGUAUCCUCCUACUUCCUGUUGGGACUAGGUGGAGGAGGCUGUUUCAGGAAAUAGGCAACAGAACGUAACUUUUCAAAGUACUGUUACAAUCUGAUAACCAACACAAUAUAGUAAUAUCAGCAAGGACAUCAGACAUUAUGAGAAUUUUAAUGAAUUUUAAUGUUUCAAUAACAUGCAUUUAGCAAGGACAAAGUCUCCUAUCAUUCUGUCAUUCUUAUCAUUUAGUGGAACUGAUCCCUGUAAUUCAAUGAGUGCUACUUUUAACAGUAUUUAAGACUGAAUUUUGAUAAAAUAUAGAACAAAACCAUAACAAGCUCCCCAGGGCUUUGCACUCUGUUUCAAUUUGGAUUCAUAAUUCCCUUGCAUAUUUUGUGCAUGACGUCAUUUGAAGUAGUAAAAGGAAUCAUUUAGGAACAAUGCAUUUUCCUGAGAUAAAACAUCUAUGAUCUGUUUUAAGAAAAUGGACAAUAGAAAAUAGGAAAGUCCUUCAUAUCUAAUCUGAACUCCAGUGACAAUAGCACUAUAUUUAAAAGCAUUUUUCACAAGUUCUUCUAAAAUUACUUAAAAGAUCACACAUACUGAAGCAUCCACAAUAUUUCAGUGAACUGUGCCAUGCACAGUCAUUACUCAGUAGCAAAAAUAUCGUUAUGCCAUUCAACUGUCACCCAAGGCCUGUUUCAAUGCCUUAUAUUUUGGUUCAAGGCAGACUACACACCAGUUACCUAUUCCUUUUGGAAAAUGAGCGAGCAUACAAACUUUAGACGCCACAGGAUGGGUGGUCAUGAUGCGGAAGAGCUGAAGAACUUCUGGGAAAAGGUCAUCCAAGAGCAAACUAAGCAACAAGAGGCUGAAGAGUCUAGGCUAAGCAAAAGUGCCCUGAACAAACUUCGCCAGGAAUGGACUCUGCGGCUGGAAGGUCGAGUAAGGCAGGUCCAGGCACACAUGAAAACACGGCAAGAACAAAUGACACCACUGUCUAUCGAGGCUCUUCCCUCGCCAGAUAAAACUGUUGCUUAAAGUUGCUGCACAGACACAGCAAGCACUGGGCCCAAUUCUGACCUUCUGCAUGCAUCUAGAAACCAGCAGUUACGCUGCUGACCAACCAAAAGGUCAGAUUCUGCCCUUUUUCCAAAUUAUUUACUAGACCUACUAUUAAAGUCCUAUUGAAAUUUAGUGUAAGAAUAAUGCCACAGGGGAAAAAAAGUGCAAAGGAAUAGAUGAGAAGCAGACAACUCUAAUUUUUCCAUGCUAUAUUAUUUCUGUGAUGUAUCAGGACUCUCUUAUGUAACUGCAUUUCCAAGUGACAACAACAUACUGCCAGGAAAGAGGGUGGCUUGUUUAAUUGGAAUAAUACAUUCAGACAGCUGCAUGCAAAAUUGCACAUUUACAUUUACACAGCUCAUGGAGUCUGGCUUAAUGCAGACAUAAGAUGUUUUGUUUGUCUUGAUGAGCCAUAGCAGACGCAGUUAAGGAUUAGCCUGAUCAGCUGGCCAGGAGGAGAAACAUAUUCUUUAAUGAGGGGGGAAAAAAACAACUUUCCUGAUCAACAUUUAAGAACAUUUAUAGAUCUUAAUAAUUAAAUAAACAGAAAAAAUUACUUUUACUUUCCUGGGGUAUGUAAAAGAAAACUAAUGAGCCAGUGUCUUUUUUUUGAGCCAAUCUGACAAAUGUUAGAGUAGUAAGCGCAAGUCAGUGUGAGAGUUUGAAAUAGAACUCACUCUCUAUUUGAAAUAGAGAGUUUGAAAUUAAUCAUAACAGCAGGGAAAUGCUUUGCAAAUUAUCACUUGUCAUACUUGACAUGCACUAAUCCAAACAACUUCUGCAUCUUCUUCUGGGCUAGAUGAAACAAAGGUGGGAAUAACAAAACACAGGGUAAUAACAAUGUGCCCUUUUUACCUAUAUGUCUGUGUAUCUGAAUACUAGUCUUCUGGAUUAAAACAUUUGUUUUCUCUUCAAAUAAAUUUUGGAACACAAGAGAAGACUCAUAAGUCUAAACAGCUAUUUUUGUCUAACAGUAUUGUGCCAGACAAAAAUUUACUUUGAAUCUAUAUUCACACUAAAGUAGUAGAUAGGAAUACAUUUGAUAUUUCAAAACAGAACAAAAAUUAAAUCAUUUUGACCUCACAGAAAUGCUUUUUAAUCCUUUUAAAACAAUAUUUAAUUAAACACAAAGUUUUACUGAUGUUCUCACUCUUACAAAGUGAAACUCUGCCACAGAAAAAAAAAAGCUGCCAUAAAAAUGUUGUUAUUCCAUGGAGGAUUAAAACAAUAAAAAACUUAUAAAAUGUUGUUCUGUUAUUGAAAAAGGAAGGGAUUUUAAUAUCAGUUUCUUUUCAUAAAAAUGAUGCCUAAAAGCAUGUAAUUGUUUCUUUCGGUGUCUAUUUUCCAUUAGGAAAGCAAUGCUGAAAAAAAUAAUAAAGUUGUAACCACUUUUGCCCUGCAA